AGGAGUGUAAACAAGAAUGUGAACUUGCCAUUGCUGACCUGCAGAGCAGCCGUGAAGAGGAGGCUGGCCUGCAGCAGAGUCAGGCUGUGCAUGGCCUUGAACUGGAGGCGCUGCGUCUGAGUCUGAGCAACAUGCACACGGCGCAGCUGGAGCUGACCCAGGCCAACCUCCAGAAGGAGAAGGAGACGGCUCUGACGGAGCUGCGGGAGAUGCUCAACAGCCGGCGUGCCCAGGAGCUGGCCCUGCUGCAGAGCAGGCAGCAGCACGAGCUGGAGCUCCUCAGGGAGCAGCACGCACGGGAGAAGGAGGAGGUGGUGCUCAGGUGUGGACAGGAAGCAGCCGAGCUGAAGGAGAAGUUACAAUCAGAGAUGGAGAAAAACGCCCAGAUCGUAAAGACCCUGAAGGAAGACUGGGAAUCUGAAAAAGAUUUAUGUUUAGAAAAUCUACGCAAAGAAUUGUCUGCAAAGCAUCAGUCAGAAAUGGAGGAUUUACAAAACCAGUUUCAGAAAGAAUUGGCAGAACAGAGAGCUGAGUUGGAGAAGAUUUUUCAAGACAAAAACCAGGCUGAAUCGGCCCUUAGGAACCUGGAGAGUCAACAUCAAGCAGCCAUUGAGAAGUUACGUGAAGACCUGCAGUCCGAGCACUGCCGGUGUUUAGAAGACUUGGAAUUCAAGUUCAAAGAGGGCGAAAAAGAAAAACAGCUGGAGUUAGAGAAUCUUCAGGCAUCGUAUGAAGACCUGAAGGCACAGUCACAAGAAGAGAUCAGGCGCUUGUGGUCCCAGCUUGAUUCUGCCAGGACCAGUAGACAGGAAUUGAGUGAGCUACAUGAGCAACUCCUGGCGCGAGCCUCUCACGUGGAAGAUUUAGAGCAGCUGAAACAGCGAGAAAAAACCCAGCACGAGUCCGAACUGGAGCAACUGAGGAUUUAUUUUGAAAAGAAAUUAAGGGAUGCCGAGAAAACUUACCAGGAAGACCUAACCCUGUUGCAGCAGAGGCUGCAGGGGGCGAGUGAAGAUGCUCUUCUGGACCCCGUGGAAGUUGGGUUGUCCUGUGUGGGUUUAGAAGAGAAACCUGAGAAAGGAAGAAAAGAUCACGUUGAUGAACUCAACCCUGAGCAACAUAAGGAGAGCCUGCCAUGCUUCCAGGCAGAGUUAGAAGAAAGCCAUAGGCACCUGUUGGAAGCACCGGAGUCUCCCCUCUGCAUCCAGCAUGAGGGGCACGUCUCAGACAGACGCUGUGCGGAGACUUCAGCAUUGGGACAGGGGUGGCAUCUGGAGCCCUCCGAAGGGCGCAGCCAAGAGCUUCCCUGGGUGCAUCUCCAGGGUGUGCAGGACAGGGCCUUGGAGGCCGACACAGAGGUGGCAGCCAGAGUCUUGGGUCUGGAAACUGAGCAUAAGGUUAAACUUUCGCUUCUUCAGACUGAACUCAAGGAAGAAAUUGAACUCCUAAAAAUAGAAAACAGAAAUUUGUACGAGAAGUUGCAGCAUGAAACCCGUCUGAAGGAGAAUUUGGAGAAGGUAAAACACAAUCUAGUUGAAGACCACCAGGAGGAACUAAAUAAUGCCAAGCAGAAGACUGAGCUGAUGAAACAGGAAUUCCAAAAAAAAGAAAUGGACUGGAAAGUUAUGAAGGAGGAGCUACAGCGGGAAGCUGAGGAGAAGUUAACGUUGAUGCUUCUUGAACUGAGAGAAAAGGCUGAAUCCGAGAAACAGACCAUCAUAAACAAGUUUGAGCUUCGAGAAGCUGAGAUGAGGCAGCUUCAGGACCAACAGGCAGCCCAGAUCCUGGAUCUGGAGAGGUCCUUGACGGAGCAGCAGGGCCGCCUGCAGCAGCUGGAACAGGAGCUCACUUCAGACGAUGCCCUGCGUUGCAGCCAGUGUGGGCGGGAGCCGCCCGCAGCCCAGGACGGGGAGCUUGCCGCGCUCCACAUGAAGGAAGACUGUGCCCUGCAGGUGAUACUGGCCCGGAGCAGGUUUUUAGAGGAACGUAAAGAGAUCACCGAGAAAUUCAGUGCAGAACAGGAUGCCUUCCUGCGGGAGGCCCAGGAGCAGCACACCCGCGAGCUGCAGCUCCUCCAGGAGAGGCACCAGCAGCGGCUCCUGUCAGUAACGGCAGAGCUCGAGGCCAGACACCAGGCGGCGCUGGGUGAGCUGACGGCCUCGUUAGAGAGCAAGCAGGGGGCUCUGCUGGCCGCACGUGUGGCCGAACUGCAGACGAAACAUGCUGCCGACCUCAGCGCUCUGGAGACCGGACAUCUGUCCAGCCUUGAUUCUUUGGAAUCCUGUUACCUGUCUGAAAUUCAGACCAUCCGUGAGGAGCACAGGCGGGCCCUAGAGCUCUUACGAGCAGACUUUGAGGAACAACUGCAGAAACAGGACUCUCUUCACCAAACAAUUUUGACUCAAGAGUUGGAGAAACUGAAGCAAAAACAUGACGAGGAGCUACAGUCUGUGCGGGACGGCCUGCGAACCGCAGCGAGCACGGAGCUCGCCGGAACCGUGGGUCACGAGCUGCAGGGAGCACACCAGGGUGAAUUUGGAAGUGAAAAGAAAGCUGCUUUGCGUGAAAAAGAGAAGACACUUUGGCUUCAGAGUGCGCAGGCACAGCCUUUUCACCAAGAGGAGAAAGAGUCUUUGUCUCUGCAGCUUCAGAAGAAGAAUCACCAAGUCCAGCAGCUGAAAGACCAGGUUUUAUCCUUAAGUCACGAGAUAGAAGAGUGCCGCUCUGAGCUGGAGGCGCUGCAGCAGAGGCGGGAGCGGGAGAACCGAGAAGGCGUAAACCUCCUCUCCAUGCUCAAGGCUGACGUCGACCUGUCCCACAGCGAAAGAGGGGCCCUCCAGGAUGCCCUGCGCAGGUUGCUGGGUUUGUUUGGAGAGACGCUGAGAGCAGCCAUCACCCUGAGGAGCCGUAUCGGGGAGCGCGUGGGGCUCUGCCUGGAUGACGCGGGCGCAGGCCUGGCCCUGUCGGCAGCUCCGGCGCUGGAGGAGACGUGGUCUGAUGUCGCCCUCCCAGAGCUGGACAGAACUUUGUCUGAAUGUGCAGAGAUGUCUUCUGCGGCUGAAAUUAGCAGCCACAUGCGUGAAAGCUUUCUCGUGAGCCCAGAAAGCGUGCGGGAAUGUGAGCAGCCCAUCCGGAGGGUCUUCCAGAGCCUCAGCCUGGCCGUGGACGGCCUCUUGGAGAUGGCCCUGGACUCCAGCAGGCAGCUGGAAGAAGCACGACAAAUUCAUUCUCGUUUUGAAAAAGAAUUUAGUUUUAAAAAUGAGGAGACAGCACAGGUUGUCAGGAAGCACCAGGAGCUGCUGGAGUGCUUGAAGGAGGAGAGUGCAGCAAAGGCAGAGCUGGCGCUGGAGCUGCACAAGACGCAGGGCACCCUCGAGGGAUUCAAGGUGGAGACGGCAGAUCUGAAGGAGACGCUGGCCGGGAAGGAGGAUUCCGAGCACCGUCUGGUCCUAGAGCUAGAGAGUCUGAGACGGCAGCUGCAGCAGGCGGCCCAGGAGCAGGCAGCGCUGAGGGAGGAGUGCACCCGUCUGUGGAGCCGGGGGGAGGCCACAGCCACGGACGCCGAGGCCAGAGAAGCUGCUCUCCGGAAGGAAGUGGAGGAUCUGACCAGGGAACAGUCGGAGACCAGGAAGCAGGCCGAGAAGGACCGCUCAGCCCUGCUCUCCCAGAUGAAGAUUUUGGAGUCUGAGUUAGAGGAACAGCUGUCUCAGCAUCGCGGGUGUGCCAAGCAGGCGGAGGCCGUCACCGCCCUGGAACAGCAGGUGGCGUCUCUGGACAAGCAUUUGCGCAACCAGCGGCAAUUCAUGGAUGAGCAGGCCGCUGAGCGGGAGCACGAACGCGAGGAGUUCCAGCAAGAGAUUCAGAGGCUGGAGGGGCAGCUCCGCCAGGUGGCCAAGCCACAGCCCUGGGGCCCUCACGACAGCCAGCAGGCACCGCUGGAUGGAGAGGUUGAGUUGUUACAACAAAAGUUGAGAGAAAAGUUGGAUGAAUUUAAUGAAUUGGCUCUACAGAAAGAGUCGGCAGAUAGACAAGUGUUGAGGCAGGAAGAAGAAAUUAAACGUCUGGAGGAGACGAACAUCAACAUCAGGAAGAAAAUGGCCGAGCUCCAGGAAGAAGUGGAAAAACAGAAGAACAUUGUGAAAGAGCUGGCGCAGGAUAAAGAGUUGUUAAAGAAACAGCAGAUGAGUAGCUUACUUCUGGCGUCCACAUUGCAGUCUACACUAGAUGCAGGCAGUUGCCCUGAGCCGCCUCCGGGCAGCCCUCCUGAGGGUCCAGAAGUACAGUUAGAGGUGACACAGAGCGCACUCCUGCAGCGUGAGAGUGAGGUUUUGUACUUGAAAGAACAACUAGAAAAGAUGAAAGGUGACUUAGAAAGUAAAAAUGAAGAGAUACUACAUCUGAACUUAAAAUUAGACUUGCAGAACAGCCAGACCGCUGUCCGCCUUGGAGAACUUCAGGAAGAGAAUGUGAGCUUGAAGGUCGUAUAUACCAGAAGUUCUGAGAUUGAAGAGCUGAAAGCCACGAUUGAAAAUCUGCGAGAGAACCAGAAGCGAUUACAAAAGGAGAAAGCAGAGGAAAUUGAACAACUCCAUGAAGUCAUUGAGAAGCUGCAGCACGAGCUGUCCCUCAUGGGGCCCGUGGUGCAUGAAGUCAGCGACAGUCAGGCUGGCAGUCUGCAGAGCGAGCUGCUCUGCUCUCAGGCCGGGGGCCCCCGCGGGCAGGCCCUGCAGGGCGAGCUUGAGGCUGCACUCGAAGCCAAGGAGGCCCUGAGCCGGCUGCUGGCUGACCAGGAGCGUGGGCACAGCCAGGCCCUGGAGGCCCUGCAGCAGCGCCUCCAGGGUGCAGAGGAGGCUGCGGAGCGGCAGUUGGCUGAACUAGAGCGCAGUGCAGCCCUCAGGGAGGCUGAGGUCGAAGGCAUGGCCUCUCGGAUCCAGGAGUUCGAAGCUGCCCUGAAAGCAAAGGAAGCAAUGAUUGCCGAGAGAAAUUUAGAAAUUGACGCAUUGAACCAGCGGAAGGUGGCCCACUCUGCCGAGCUGGAGGCCGUCCUGUUGGCCUUGGCCCACAUCCGCCGCGUGCUGGAGCAGCAGCCGCUGGCAGCUGGGGUGGAGCCUCCCGAGCUGCAGCGGCUCCGAGCGCAGUGUGCCCGCCUCAGCCGCCAGUUGCAUGUGCUGCACCAGCGGUUCCUGAGGUGCCAGGUGGAGCUGGACAGGCGGCAGGCCUGCAGAACCACAGCUCACACACGGGUGCCCGGGGCCCACCCACAGCCUCGCGUGGAUGGUGGCGCCAAGGCCCAGGUCCCUGGCGACAUGGAGGCCUCCCACGAUGGUGCUUUGGAGCCGGUUGUCCCUGACCCACAGGGUGAUCUGCAGCCCGUCCUGAUGACGUUGGAGGACGCACCUCUCUGCAAGCAAGAAGGCGUAAUGUCAGUGCUCACCAUCUGCCAGAGGCAACUGCAGUCGGAGCUGCUCUUGGUGAAAAAUGAAAUGCGCCUGAGUCUGGAGGAUGUAGGCAAGGGUAAGGAAAAAGUACUGGAAGAUUGUCAGCUGCAGAAGGUCGAUCUGAUAGCUCAGGUGAAACAACUUCAGGAAAAAUUGAACCGUUUGCUGUAUUCCAUGACCUUCCAGAAUGUGGAUGCUGCCGAUGCCAAAUCUCCAUGGCCCUUGGCCUCGGCACACCUGUUGGAGAGCAGCUGGAGUGAUGGUUCCUGUGACGGCGAAGAGCCUGACACAUCAGCCCCCAUAGAUGCGUGUGAUGCCAGUGCAGCCACGGGGGGUGUAACUGAUGUUAUCAAAAAUCGGGAUUCCUUGAUACCAGAUGAAAUGCCAGAUUCUCCCAUUCAAGAAAAGUCAGAAUGUCAGGACAGGUCCCUUUCUUCACCAACCAGCAUGCUUGGCGGCUCCUGCCACCAGAGCCACGCUGCGGAGGCUGGGCCCCGGAAGAGCCCGGUCGGGAUGCUGGACCUGUCUUCCUGGAGCUCCCCUGAGGUCCUCAGGAAAGACUGGACCCUGGAGCCCCGGCCCAGCCUCCCUGUGACACCCCAUUCAGGAGCCCUGAGCCUGUGCAGUGCCGACACAUCCCUGCGGGACAGGGCGGACACCUCACUACCACAGCCCCAGGGGCCGGGCCUGCUUUGUUCCCCAGGUGUGUCCGCAGCAGCGCUGGCCCUGCAGUGGGCUGAGUCUCCGCCAGCUGAUGACCACCGUGUGCAGAGGACGGCUGUGGAGAAAGAUGUCGAAGAUUUUAUCACAACGUCUCUUGAUUCUCAAGAAACAUUAAGUUCACCUCCUCCUGGAUUAGAAGGGAAAACUGAUGGAAGUGAGAAAAGUGAUGGCUCGGGUUUUGGAGCAAAACUGAGCCCGGGGUCAGGAGGCCCUGAGGCUCCAACUGCUGGUCCUGUGACCCCUGCUGCUAUCUCUGGAAGGUUUCAGCCACUGCCGGAAGCCAUGAAGGAGAAGGGGGUGCAUCCGCAGCACGUGAAGGCUUUGCUGCAGAUGGUGUGUGACGAGAGCCACCAGAUCCUGGCACUGUCAGAAGGCCUUGCACCCCUGACUGGCGAGCCACACCCACCCCGGAAGGGAGAUAAGGUACAGGAAGACUUGCUCUGUGGGAGAAAGACGCAAGACGUGCCCACCGUGUGCCCUGAUUGGAGAGGGGAGCUUCUGCAGGUUGUGCAGGAGGCAUUUGAAAAAGAGCCGGAGAUACAGGGGGUUGAGCUGCAGCCCCGACUCAGUGGCUCAGAUCUGGGGGGUCACAGCUUCCCGCUUGAAAGGCUGGAGAAGGUCAUCAGUGAGCAGGGAGACCUGCAGGAAAAGUCCCUGGAGCAGCUUUGCCUGCCGGACCGGAGCAGCCUGCUGUCCGAGAUCCAGGCUCUGCGCGCCCAGCUGCGCAUGGUGCACCUGCAGAACCAGGAGAAGCUGCAGCACUUGCGCACGGCCCUGACCAGCGCAGAGGCGCGUAGGAGCCAGCAGGAGCACCAGCUGCGCAAGCAGGUUGAACUGCUGGUCUAUAAAGUAGAGCAGGAGAAGUGUAUCGCUGGCGACUUGCAGAAGACGCUGAGUGAAGAGCAAGAGAAAGCAAACGGCGUGCAGAAGCUCCUGGCGGCGGAGCAGAGUGUGGUGCGAGAUUUGAAGUCCGAGCUCUGUGAGAGCAGGCAGGAGAGUGAACGGCUGUCCCGGUCCCUCUGCGAGGUGCAGCAGGAGGUCCUCCAGCUGAGAUCCAUGCUGAGCAGUAAGGAGAACGAGCUGAAGGCCGCGCUUCAGGAGCUGGAGAGUGAGCAGGGGAAGGGGCGUGCCCUGCAGAGCCAACUGGAGGAGGAGCAGCUCCGGCACCUGCAGAGGGAGGGCCAGAGUGCCAAGGCCCUGGAGGAGCUGCGGGCGUCUCUGGAGACACAGCGUGCUCAGAGCAGUCGACUCUGUGUGGCACUGAAACACGAGCAGACGGCCAAGGACAACCUGCAGAAGGAGCUGCGCAUUGAGCACUCACGCUGCGAGGCUUUGCUGGCUCAGGAGCGGGGCCAGCUCUCGGAGCUCCAGAAGGACCUUGCGGCUGAGAAGAGCCGCACCCUGGAGCUGUCGGAGGCCUUGCGGCACGAGCGGCUCCUGACUGAGCAGCUGAGCCAGAGGACACAGGAGGCUUGUGUGCACCAGGACGCACAGGCCCAUCACGCUCUGCUGCGGAAGCUGAAGGACGAGAAGUCCCGGGUGGCGGACUUGCAGGCGAUGCUUGAGAAGGUGCAGCAGCAAGCCCUGCGUUCUCAGCAGCAGCUUGAAGCUGAGGCUCAGGAGCACUGUGAGGCGCUCAGGAGAGAGAAGGAGGUAAGUGCCACCCUGAAGUCGACGGUGGAAGCCCUGCACACCCAAAAACGAGAGCUGAGAUGCUCUCUGGAGAGAGAGAGGGAGAAGCCAGCGUGGUUGCAGGCAGAAUUAGAGCAGUCACACCCACGGUUGAAAGAGCAAGAAGGACGCAAGGCUGCGAGGAGGAGCGCGGAGGCCGGGCAGAGCCCAGCGGCUGCGGAGCGGUGGAGGAAGUGGCAGAGAGACAAGGAGAAGCUGCGAGAAUUAGAACUGCAGCGUCAGCGUGACUUGCAUAAGAUCAAGCAGCUUCAGCAGACGGUGAGAGACCUGGAGUCGAAGGACGAGGUGCCUGGCAGCCGCCUCCACCUGGGUUCUGCCCGCAGGACUGCUGGCUUGGAUGCUGACCACCUCCGAGAACAGCAACGAGAGCUGGAGGCGAUGAGGCAGCGGCUGCUCUGUGCUGCCGGGCUUCUCACCAGCUUCGCCAGCCAGGCCAUGGACAGGACAGUUAACGAUUGGACGUCAUCCAAUGAGAAAGCAGUGGUGUCGUUACUGCACACGUUGGAGGAGCUGAAGUCUGACUUGAGCAGGCCCACCUCCUCCCAGAAAAAAAUGGCAGCAGAGCUGCAACUCCAGUUUGUGGACGUCCUGCUGAAAGACAAUGUUUCCCUCACGAAAGCCCUCAGCACGGUGACCCGGGAGAAGCUGGAGCUGAGCAGGGCCGUGUCUAAGCUUGAGAAGAUGCUGAAGCACCAUCUGCAGAAAGGCUGCAGCCCGAGCAAGUCGGAAAGGGCUGCUUGGAAGCCAGACGAAACGGCUCCACAGAGUUCCCUGAGGCGCCCAGACCCUGGCCGGCUUCCACCGGCUGCCAGCGAGGAAGCACACCCCAGCAACGUCAAGAUGGAAAAAUUGUACCUGCAUUAUUUGAGAGCAGAGAGCUUUAGAAAAGCUCUGAUUUAUCAAAAGAAGUAUCUUUUGCUGUUGAUUGGUGGAUUCCAGGAUUCUGAACAAGAAACACUCUCCAUGAUUGCCCAUUUGGGGGUAUUUCCUUCCAAAGCGGAGCGGAAAACCACAUCUCGCCCUUUCACACGGUUCCGCACGGCCGUCAGGGUGGUGGUUGCCGUAUUGAGAUUACGUUUUUUGGUUAAGAAAUGGCAAGAAGUAGAUCGGAAAGGAGCUCUGGCACAAGGCAAAGUCCCUCGCGCAGGGCCCCGAGUACGACGGCCGCAGUCUCCACCCAGAACCAGAGAGUCCCCCCCAACCCGGGAUGUGCCCUCAGGCCACACCAGGGACCCCGCCAGAGGCCACGGACUGGCAGCAGCAGCCUCCCCACACACUGGGGGAAGAGCCACUCCAUCCCCAAAUUCAAGAUUAGAAAGAUCCCUGACUGCUUCUCAAGAUCCAGAACAUUCCUUGACAGAGUAUAUUCACCAUUUAGAAGUGAUCCAGCAAAGACUGGGAGGGGCUCUACCAGAUUCUCCUUCAAAGAAAUCCUGCCACCAGAAGAUUAAACAGUGAAUAAAAUGCCAUGGCUCUUACCUGCGACAAUUCUAUUUGAGGAAAAGAUUUGUUUUUCCCUUUUCCCAAGGAAGCUCGUGGGACAGCAUGGGCACUACUCUUCACGUGCGGUGACACCAGCCCCCAGAUGCCUUCAAUUUAGUGUCCUCACCUUUAUGCAUGACUGCAAAGCCAGAUGGAGCAUUUUCUAUGGAGCCUCUGUAUGUUUUAGGCCCGUGACUUUCGUGAGGUGACAGGUACUCACUCCCAUGAGCCCUGGCUGUGUGCUGUUGUGUGCCUAUCGGCAGAUCCAUCCUUCCUGCCUCCAAGAAGGAUACACAGAGAAUGGCUUCCUGUUGUUUUGUUUAUUUUCUUAACGUGCACAGAUGGAAACUUCAUUUAAAAAUAAAAACAAAACAACUCAAAAAGGAAUAAAAUGUAAUCACUGUUUUGUUUGUGAAUA